AUGGAAACCAUCUCAAACGCCAUCAACCAGGCCGCAACCUACAUUUCACAACAAACGCCCCGCUUGGCACCUGUAUUGGCAUCCACAGCCGUAGCCAUGCUAAGCAGCCUUUUCACAGCAUGGGUCAUAGCAGACUACUCGAGCUGGAAAUCAUUCGGCACCGGAGGAACACCACCAACCUGGGCUGGCUACUGGCGCAUGACCAAAAUCCGCAUCAACCACGCCCUAUCAGGCCCGGAUCUGCGGGACGCAUCACAACUCAAUGCCGAUGAAGGUCCACGCUAUCUGCCAGAAGGAUUUGAGAAGAAGCCCCGUCAGACGCCACGUCCACGUAUCAUGGGUCGAACCAUGCCUCAACGCCAAGUCCCGUACAAGAAAUCGGACAUGGAGGACGGCGUCAAGGCACGAAUCGAUCGCCUCUGCGCAACACUGGUGACCAAGUACGACCACCUCGUGUAUCUUGCGCCAGCAAAGACAGAGGGCGGCGCAGCUGACGGAAUCUACGCGAAGGACGACGUAAAAACACUGAAUCCUUCGGUAAAACAUCCCAAGAACAAGAUCUUGCAAGGCGAGGUUGGACAUGCCCAUCCUGCUGACACAAGUCUUCAUGUGUGGCUGUCGGAGGGCGACGCAAAGCGAGUGGUCGAAGGGGGAUGGGGUGAACGAUUUCCUCUGCUGUUCGUUGACAGAGGGUGGGUGAUGGUCUAUGCACCCACAACACAUGCUGAAGCCGAUGUAAUCGAGACUAUAAUGCGCGCCGGCAUCGGCUGGGUUUGUGGGCAGAAGGUCGACUAG